AAAUCUCAAUGCUCACUAUAGAAAAAAAGAAGAUUAGAUCAGCAUUUUUUCCAAACAGAGUAGUACCAAAAAAAACCACAACUGCAAGCAAAAAGAAACCCAAGUAUCAGUAAGCAUACUAGGAGUAAUGUGCUGUCAAAGAAAGUCAAGAAAGCAACUAUGUUUUCAGGAGACUGAGGUUCUGGACUGCCUUCAGGUACAGUUCCAUACAGAGUUCAUUACAAUUACUCAUAUUCAAGGCUGCUGAGUUUGAAGUAAUCUCUUGUCAAUGUUAGAUUUAAUAUUCCAGCAACUCUCACAUAGUGCAUGACUUUCUCUUUUCUUCCCUGCCAUCCUUCUCAGAGUCUGUCAGACAGGGAGCUCUGGUGUCCACCAAACUGCCUUGCAUCCCUGGCUGAAACACGCUCUGCAGGCCCAGCUGUGGGAGUGCCCCUGUGCUGUCUUGGUGCUAAACCAAGGGGAUGGAGCCCAGGCAUAAAGCACAGUACAUACUGCCAUCAUUUACACUAAUAGCUAUGUGACCUUCUCAUGACAAGGCUGAGUGUUCAUGCCCCUGCAGAUAGAAUCAGGAGGAAGCUUAUUCUUUUCAGUUCUCCCUUUUUACACUCUCUCCUUGAGAAAUGACAGCUAAACCGAUAAUUUAAUCAGAUUCUUGCCUUACGCUGCUGAAAUGUAAGGAAAUUUCACAGUCUUUUUCAGAUCAGAAAGGAACUAAAGGUCUCCACCAUCUCAGUUCUGCGUCCUGUUGCUGGCAGGCCCCUGAUGCCAGGAACUGCCUGGAGAGUCACAAUGCCUCCCCUCAGCCACACAUGGCAGCUCCAGGGGCUGGGCUGGGUCCCAAUUCCCUGACUGACUGGGAAGUGCUCCUGCUGAGCAGGGCUGGCCCUGGACAACAUGGCCCUGCUCUGGCACAUGUGCAGCCGAGGCCGGAGGCCUUCACCCAGCAGCCCAGCAGGGGACUGGGCCACAGCCCUGGCAUCCAGAGACUCCACAGCUGUGAAGCCUGCAUUUGGGAUGCACAUGAAUCCCUUGAUUUUUUUUUAAGAUAUGGAGAGGUAUUCCAGCAGGAACUAACCAGCACGGAGGCUCUGCACAACACUGUAUCCACACCAAAGGAUGGAUGCCAUCAAGAUUGUGGCCACUGAUAAAGAUCUGGGACCAACUUCUGACUGAGGCUGCAAGCAGUGCAUUCUCCAUGCUCUCUGAACAGAGGGAAGCACAGAUAGCUCUACUUUGGAGGCAGGGAGAGGCCUGCCAUGGUAAAGAAACCUCUUGGAAUUACUUGUCUAAAACAUUGGUCGCAGAUAAUAACGUAACUUCAUUUAUGACAGAUUCACCCUUUUUUGUGAUUGACCCACAUGUCUGUUCCUUUCUCUCAGCUCUCACAUUUUGGCAGCAGCAGUUUUCUCAAAAAAACAGGAAACAUAAAACCAACUAUGAGGGAGACUCAGUCUUACCUGGUUCAUUACAUAUUUGGAAUCACUGGAGGUACAUACACACAGGCACUUGAAUUACCAUAAACUGGAAUGGCUUCAUGGAAUUGGUGGAUUUGCACUGCAAUAACUCUGGUACUGGCAUCUAAUCACAGCUCUAAGGAUGAACGUGAACACUAUUUUGAUAUUUAAAAGUACUCCUUUCAGGAGAGAAAAAGCUUUAUCUGUUCUACAUCAGGGCUAAUCUUGAUCCCCAAAAUCUUUCUACAAAGAAUAAAUCUUAGAUUGAAAUAAUAUUCCUGCUAAGCCUUCCUUUCUGCCAGAAAGGAAUUGGUCAAGAAGGAAGUCAGUGGUCAAGAAGGAAGGUCAGCUAGUAUAAAUUAGCAGGCAGACAUGACAGAUCAGAUCUGUGGUAUAAGUUCAUCAAAUAUGUAUUUCUUUUGUCAUAAAUAUUUUUAAGAAGAGUAGGAAGGUCCAUAAUGAAGGACAAAACACAGUAUUUGCAUUUUUAAAAUAAGAGAUGCGUGUUAACAUUUUAAAAAGAAAAAAACACCAAAACCAAUCAUUCUGGGGAAGUUUUUAGCUAUACUGAUGAAAAGACACUUUAAGUCAUCAUAGGACACAAAUUCCUUAUUUGGCUGGGCAGAGUCAGCUACAAACCUAUCUAGAAAUCUGAAAGAAUGCAUCUGUAAUUCUGAGGGCAAAAUGGUAUUUCUCAUCUGAAUGAAGAAGGAGAGGAGGAGCAGGAGCUGUUAUCUGGUAACAGUGACAGGACCUGAGGAAACAACAUGAGGAGUGUCAGGGGUCAGGUUGGGUGUUAAGAAAAGGUUCUUCAUCAAGAGUGUUGGACAGGCCCUGGAACAAGCUCUCAAGGGCAGUGGUCAUGGCACCAUGACUGCCAGAGUUCAAAGAGUGUAUGGACAACGCUCUCAAACAUAGUUUGAAUUUUGGAUACAGAGCCAGGAGUUGGACUCAGUGGUCCUUGUGGGUCCCUUCCAGCUCAAGAUAUUCUAUGAUUUUAUCAAUUUUCUUCAACAGAACAAAUGGAAAAACAAUAUUCUCCCUGGAAAGAAAACCCAACAUCUAUGUAGAAAAAGUAUGGUUAUGAAUGAAGAUGGCUUAGCAGUAGCUUCCUGGUUCAAAAAAGUGACGAAGAAACAAGUACGUUGAUUUAAUUAAGGCUGUAAGAGAGCCUUAACAUGAAAUUUCCAAAUAAAAAUAUUUGUAGGAAGCAAUCUAGUAUUUACUGAAAAAAAGCCAACUGUGUUCUCAAGAGAAAUAAACUUCUGCCCAGUAUCUCUCUUCACAGCAAGGCUGUACUCAGAAUCUGAGUCAUGUAAAACACAACAUGUGUUGUAGUAGGCAUGUUACUGAGUACUCAGUCUCAUAAUCUGAAGGUCGUGAUUUCGAUCCUCACACAGGGCACCAAAUGUAGUGAAGACCACCACAUCUGAUAUUCCGUUCAUAACUUGUCACCCUGCCCGCAAGGACUACUUUCUGUCCCCGGUCACCUCGUCGCAUUUACACAUCAAUAUGAUGAGCGGCAAAAUGGCGUUUAUUGUUAAAAGCUACAAAACUAUAUAGUAUAUCUUAUCUUUUACUAGACUGUUCCAGAAGCUCAUGCUCUACCGACUGUGAUCAAUUAAUUAUAAUUGCCAUUGCCAUCGGACCAGCCACGUCGACAGUUCCUGCCUCCGGCGUCACUCCUCAGAUGUCAAUCACUGCUGAGGAAUGCGAAAGGGGCGUGUCGGAACACCCACCGUCGUCUCCGCCAAUCACCUCGCAGCAGACUCCUGAGACUCCGCCUCCGUAUCAGCAGGAUUCGUUGUAUCCUUCAUUAAGCAAUGUCUCAGGGGCGGAAACCAGAGAAGCUUGUACCCACCUAUCAAGGGGCGGCACCGAUGGGCGUGCUCAGAAUGCUGAUUGGUCAGAGAUAGUGCAGGGCUUGACUGUACAAUCCCCGUCUCCGCCCAUGGGGAUGGCCAGGGGAAGUGAGCAAGCAGCUAUGGAACGGCAUGGAACCAGGGUUCCCUAUGGCUGCUGCAGCUGCUCCGUGCCACACCACACCAUGCAGUUCCAACCACAGGCUCAGUAUACCCAGAUAGCUCAGUGGGUAGAGUAUCAGACUCUUAAUCCUAGGGUUGUGGGUUCAAGUCCUACACUGGGCAUUCUUCCACAAAUGCCACAAUCCUUUUGUGAUCAGUUAAAGGGAUCGGACCUCAGGUCUGACAUUCAUGCCACAGGUUCAGCUUUUGCAGCUAGGCUGCUGGCUCGCAUAGGCCAGGAAGGAUAUCCUAGCUCAGAGGUGCCAAGCCUUUUUACCACCAGAAAUGCUAUUGCAGACAGAGUAGCCAACGUGCUUAUUUUUACAGUUCAAGAGGCUUGCGAUUCUAUCUUAUAUGUCGAUGUGUUAGCAAGAAUGUUUUCCAUCCCUUUGAUCCCCUUGUCUGCAGCCAGGAUUGCUGUUCACACAUGCCCUCACUGUAAUUCUACACCUAAGAAAGGCGCAGGAGUUAACCCUUGCAGCCUCGGACCUAUGCAGGUCUGGCAGACAGAUUUCACCUGGGAACAGCGUUUCUCUCCCUGUGCCCUGGCUUGCAGUUACGGUAGAUACUUCCUCCACUGUUAUCAUGGCCACACAGCAUGCGAAGUCCAACUCAAAGGCAGCGCAAAGUCAUUGGGCUGCUACUGUCAUAAGCCUGCCUAGACAAAUUAAGACUGAUAAUAGCUCCUGCUUCAUUUCCCGUUCAACUCAAAAUUGGCUAGCAUUGUGGGGAAUCUCUUCUUCUACAGGGAUCCCUGGUAAUUCCCAAGGACAAGCCAUAGUAGAACGUUCUAAUUGCCUCCUCAAGGAAAAGCUACAUAUCCUUGGGUAGGGGGAAGGAUAAAGAGGGAAGACACGUGUCAGCAGGCAAGCUGAGAUACAAGCAAAGGCUCUUUGUGCAUUGAAUUAUUUCGAAUGUGGUGUCUACGGAAGAACCCUUCACAUAGAAGCAUUGGCAGCCUGAACUCUUAAGUUAGGGUCUAGCCCUAUGUGGGUUUCAGCGUGAUAUAUUCAGCCUCAUCUCAAGGCAGAAAGUUUCUUGCUCAUUGGUAUUGUUUCAGAAUUUGUUACAUUAGAGAUACUAUAGUGAGUGAUGAAAAAGGUUGCACUAUUCACAGGAUGGUAUUGUAAUAACAACUCUAGUAAUGGUAUGGCGAAGUAGGUGAUUUUCCUGUGUUGGUAAUGCAGCCUUAAGAAUUAGAAUUAUUAGGUAUAAGUUAGGUUACUGUGUGCUGCUUCUAUUUUAGUAGUAGACAAAGUGGAAUGAACAGGGUUUAAUGUUACCAGUGUUAGAAUUUAUGGGAAUAGCUCUGUUAGUGUAACUUUACCACCUUCAUUGUCACUAAUUCUUGGUUAUGAUGUUAUUAGCCUGGCAAUUGGCAUUUUCUUAAUUUGUAAAGGCAAAACCUGGAAAAGAAUCCCUGUCAAAGGGAUGACCCUGUACUAUAGAAUGAUAAACUGUUUUCAUCCCACUAGUCAGGAUUUUAGAAAUAUGACUACACAUCACUCGAGACAAAGGCACACGCUAUCUUACUUUGAUUCCACAUGUGAUUUUGAUGUAGGAUUCUGGAGUAUUGCCCAACAGAUUUUUAGUUCACUGGUACCUUCAAUUGGCACCUAUAUCAGGGGCCCAAAUGCCCCCCAGUGAAGAAUGAUCUUGGGACAGAAUGAAGUAUUCGGAUAGUUUUAAGGGAACAGAUAGUUGUGUCUAUAGUUGCAAAUGUUUUGUUUCGUAGAGAGAGUUAACCUCGGUAGUUUAUUUUGCUUUGUGAACGGGUGUUCCACUUGGGCUCUGUAUAUCGCACUGGCCACGCGGAUGCAGUGUCCAAAUGGAAAAAACCCUGCAGACCCUGAGAAGAAUAAAAGCAGGAGAGAGUCUGUGGUGAGUGAGAGAGGAGAAGUGCACUUUGAAGCAGGGGACGCCCUGCUGGCACUGCCUAUCACAUCUACCACUGGCGUGUUUCUUCUUUCUCCUUUCUGAUGGUUUGCCACCUUUCAAGGGUCAAUAAGUAAUAAUGCACUAGCUUAGGGAGUUUCUGAUUUCUGCUUACAGCAUUAUCUAGAAUGGAUGCACGUGUGUGUGAGAGUGUGCGUGUGUUGACUGGAGCUCGUGACCCUUUGUGCAGCUCUGAGUGCAUGGUUUGCUUGUCUCAGCUCCUUAGACAUCCUGUCUCUCACAUUCAAACAUACCCUGAAACAGCACCGCUCAGCUUUAGCCACACUCACCAAGUUAGGAUGUUAGUCAGCUAAGGAGAGUAAUACUCCUAGUGAUGUUUUAGCUCGCUUGCCACUAGUAUCAAUUCUAUCUGGCAUGCAACUCUAUGGAGUUGUGGAUUUUCUAUUAGGCCAAAGGCAUGGCUGUAAGCACCUUAAAAGCAGGUGUUGUACAAUUUUAGUGAUCAUUCAAAAUCAGUAUAUCAGAGUAUACAAGAAUUGAAGAUUUUCUCCAAUCAGUUACAGGUACACACAGAAUGGGACCUUCAGGGACUUUUUCCAGGUUGUAGCCUUGGGCCAUAGGCCAAACAAGUGUUCAUCUUUUUAAUGGGUUUGGCAAUAUUUUAUGUUAUUAUGUUAUGUUUGCCUUGUAUCUUUCUUUCGUUUAGCAUGUCAAUAGAAAGACUGGCUUACUGGACGAUCAAGCAAGCUAAUCUGACGAUCCUUAUGUUUGAUGUAAUGUUAGAAGAUUUGAAUAAUGUGUGAUAUGCGCUUUUGUAGAAUAGAGCAGCUAUGCUAACCACUGCACCACCUACACCAGAUCUCCUCAGGCUUAAGGCCAUGGACAUUAGGGUUUGAGUUUUCAUUUGCAGGAGUUGCUGGAGGAAGACCUAAGCCCAGCAAGCUCAAGUGGGAAGAAGACCUCGACAAGAGACCGCAGAUUUCUUUGAGAAUCAUUCUUCGAAGUGACCACCUGCUUACGGCGUCUGUUUUCUCAUGCUUUCGACUUAGCCUUGGUGCUGCACACCCAGAACAGCAUUUUGUGUGGCAUGGAAAAUGAGCAAGGUGGCUUGACUACUCUGAGUGCCUUGUCAUCUACAUGGAGUCCAUUUGCUGGAAAUGGCUCAAAAGUCAGGUGUUCACGAAUAGGUGAUGAUUUCAUUAAGGGCUAGCAUCAUUACUUGAAAAACACUAUUCUAGAAGUUUUAUCAUAGAAGGCUCUUUACACACAAUCUAUCGAUUUGGGACUGUAGGUUUAGUGCGUUUUAGCUGUAUGACUCUGCUUUGUUUUACUUAGAGGAUUAGGUAUAAGGUUUCUAAGGUUUAUUGUUAUAAUGCUAUGCAUACUUUGCUUUGUAGGAUGCUUACAGCGAGAUAACCGCUGUACUACGCUAUACUAUGGAAACUAUGCUUACAGUAUAAUGGAGUCUUAGAUCAGCCUAGAACACCACAGGCUGUGUGAAAGCUAGUAGUAAGUUUUAGGACAGCUAGCAAUGACAUAUGCAUUUCUAUUAUACGCGUGUGUUAUAGAGUUUUAAUAGUAGAUAGCUUAGGUAAGGGAUAAGUUUAGGGAUAAGAUAUUUGCAGUCGUGUUUGCGGUCGCGCUGUAACGGGUAAAAUUUUAUCGCUUAUGGAAAGGGGGAGAUGUUGUAGUAGGCAUGUUACUGAGUACUCGGGUUGUAACGCUGAAGGUCCUUCCUCAUAUGCUUGCUAUUGGUUCACCUACUUUACUUGAACCUGUGUCGUAAGAAGGAGAGGCUGUCCU